ACAAGGUGUCUCAGCUGAAAAGAAACCUGAGCCCUAAGGAGGUGGCGCGGAGCUACAGGGCAAAGGCUGGCGCGAACAGCGCGUGAAGGCGCUGGGCAGCGCUAGAGGACCAGGGGGAGCUCGGCCGCAGAGGACCCUACCUAACGACCUAAUCCUGGGAUCCCCGCUCCAAUCUCUCCUCGCAUUUUACGGAUUUCCCCACCACGACUAUCUCACCAAAACGGAGCCUUUACAUCAAGAGAAGGUGCGGGAGCUCGGGCAACCAGGACUUUGCCGGGCACUCAGGAUGCGGUCCAUCAGGAAGAGGUGGGCGAUCUGCACGAUAAGUCUGCUCCUGAUCUUUUAUAAGACAAAAGAAAUAGCAAAAACUGAGGAGCACCAGGAGACGCAACUCACUGGAGAUGGUGAAUUGUAUUUGAGUCGAUCACUUGUCAAUACUUCUGAUAAAAUCACUCGAAAGGCUGGCACCUCAAUCUUCCAGCACAAUGUAGAAGGUUGGAAAAUCAAUUCCUCUUUGGUCCUGGAGAUAAGGAAGAACAUUCUUCGUUUCUUAGAUGCAGAACGAGAUGUCUCAGUGGUCAAGAGCAGUUUUAAGCCUGGUGAUGUCAUACACUAUGUCCUCGACAGGCGCCGUACACUAAAUAUUUCUCAUGAUCUCCAUAGCCUCCUACCUGAAGUUUCACCAAUGAAAAAUCGCAGGUUUAAGACCUGUGCGGUUGUUGGAAACUCCGGCAUUCUGCUAGAUAGUGAAUGUGGAAAAGAGAUUGACAGUCACAAUUUUGUAAUAAGGUGUAAUCUAGCUCCUGUGGUGGAGUUUGCUGCAGAUGUGGGAACUAAAUCAGAUUUUAUUACCAUGAAUCCAUCAGUUGUACAAAGAGCAUUUGGAGGCUUUCGGAAUGAGAGUGACAAAGAAAAAUUUGUGCAUAGACUUUCCAUGCUGAAUGACAGUGUCCUUUGGAUUCCUGCUUUCAUGGUCAAAGGAGGAGAGAAGCACGUGGAGUGGGUUAAUGCGUUAAUCCUUAAGAAUAAACUGAAAGUGCGAACUGCCUAUCCAUCAUUGAGACUUAUUCAUGCUGUCAGAGGUUACUGGCUGACAAAUAAAGUUCCCAUCAAAAGACCCAGCACAGGUCUCCUCAUGUACACCCUCGCCACAAGAUUCUGUGAUGAAAUUCACCUGUAUGGAUUCUGGCCAUUCCCCAAGGAUUUGAAUGGAAAAGCCGUUAAAUAUCAUUACUAUGACGACUUAAAAUAUAGGUACUUUUCUAAUGCAGGUCCUCACAGAAUGCCAUUAGAAUUCAAAACAUUAAAUGUGCUACAUAAUAGAGGAGCUCUAAAACUGACAACAGGAAAGUGUGUAAAGCAAUAAAGCACAUUUUAAAACAUACAAGCAAACUGAAUAUGCACUUCUUUUCUGAAGAUGCUUCCGAAGAUUUGAAAAUAGGAUCCAGAACAAGGCUGGGUUUCAGCAUCCACCAAUUAACUGAAAGAUUGAUAAAGGACAUUUAUGAAAAAUCCACUACCAGCUGAUGAAAUACCUGCAAAGUGCUCUAAAAAUUAAAUAUUUUGACUCCAAGGGUCCUAGUAAGUGCCACUUCCACUAAGAAUACAGUUGAAUGUAUAAUCAGUAGUGUUUACAAGAUUCAACAAUGCACUCAUCAUUAGUUAAUGAAGCAAAUAUGUUCAUCACUGUCAGGCUGCCACUGCAAUGCCAAGCACAUAAGAAGGGGAACCCAGGAACACAACUCAGCCCUUGGGAAAUUAAAUCAUCCUUGUCAACAGAAAUCAAGAUGGAAACAGUCUGAGCAGUGAAAUCCAUAAGAUUAAACAGCUCAAGUAAAUGCCUUCAGUCAGGACUCAGUCUGAUCAUAAAAUUUAUGUUUCUGUUUGUUUUUGUUUGUCUUCUGGAAUCUCUUUUGGUUUGGGUAUUGGGGUGCUUAGAAAUCUUUUCUGAGAUACAUAUGAAUGAGAAAA